AUGGAGCGUUCUAAGAAACCUGCCGCCAUCCCCGUGUCGCCUACUAUUCCCACUCCUCAAGUCUCCAUCUCACAGGAUAAUUCUCGCAUCACGGCUUCCUUACCGACCGGCGAGAGUGUCGAAGUCCUCCUUCACGGCGCCACUGUCAUCUCAUGGAAGGCUGCUGAUGGCAGAGAAAAUCUCUUUCUGAGCUCCAAGGCUGCCUUGGAUGGCUCCAAAGCCGUCCGGGGUGGCAUUCCUCUCAUUUUCCCGGUUUUUGGCCCUCCACCCUCCUCACAUCCUACCACAGGCCUUCCACAGCACGGCUUUACACGGAAUUCCAAAUGGGAGUAUCUCGGCAAGUCCUCCUCUGAGUCUGGCUCUUUACCCAGUAGCUCAGGUGACGCCUCUGUCAAGCUUGACUUUGGCCUGUCAAAUGAGAUGCUUGAAUCGAUACCGUCCGAGUGGAAGAACUACGCCUUUGGUAUCACCUAUUCCGUCGUGCUGAAUCGAGAAGAACUUGAGACUAGUCUCGCGAUCAGGAACACAGGUGACAAGACUUGGGAAUUCCAAACCCUGUUCCAUACGUACCUGGCCAUUGAUGACAUCUCCAAGAUCAAGAUCCAUGGCCUUGAGUCCUCUCCAUACAUCGACAAAGUCGGCGGAGCCAAAAACUCUUCUCCAUCCGAGUCACCAAUUUCUAUUGCGUCGGAGACCGACCGCGUGUACAGCCCUCCCUCCGCGGGACAAGCCAUCACUGUCGUAGAGAGCAAUCGACCUAAGUAUGAGCUUACAAGGGACGAACUUGGAGACGUAGUCGUUUGGAAUCCCUGGUUGGACAAGGCAAAGGGUAUGAGUGACUUCGGCCCUGAGGAUGGCUGGAAGAGGAUGCUCUGCGUAGAGGCGGGGAGUGUGAGUCGGUGGAAUAGCCUUGAGGGUGGGGAUACGUGGGAGGGCGGGCAAAGGAUCACACUCCUCUGA